AUGACAGAAAAGCUGAAAGAUAGGACAAAUCAGAAGGGAAUGUCAAGACAUAUCAACCGGUUAAGAGAUACGAGCUCUAGUCGAGCACUCGUCAACAGAGUGAUCGAGGGUAGAGAGCUAUGGGGGAAGCAACAGCAUCAGAUCAAACUGUCUUUCCUUCUUCAACAUGCACGAAACACAGAAACAUCACAGCCGAAAGACAAGUUCUAUGCUUUUCUUGGGCUCAGAAACCUCGGAGGUGAAGUACCCAUCAGGUACGAGCCAAGCUAUAGUAUAAACGCCGUGCUUAUGGACGUAGCAGGUGCGAUCGUCAAGCACGAGGACUCAGGCCUUGACAUCUUAGCGCAAGCAGGAACCGCGGUUCACAGUCGAUACCUUGCCCAGGGUGACGAUUCACUGCCAUCGUGGGUCCCAGAUUGGGAUAAGCGGGAGGACAUCGAGAGGCAAAAGUUCAUUUAUGCUUUGGAACUACCGCCGGCGUGUAACUCAGGCAGGAGUCAUAACUCCAAAGCGUCUCUGAACUUUUUGAAAGACAGACAUGGGAAUGAGGGAAGAGUCCUCGAUGCGGCGGCAACUCGAGUCGAUACCCUCGGAAGCGCCCUCGAUAGGGGCCAUGACGGAUUUUUGCCUUGGAAGUCCUUUUCUAGUUCGGAUGGACAGAGACUUAUUAGUACAACUAGCAUUGCGCAUUUUGGAGAUGAGGUUUGGGUUCUUGACGGCAUGAGCUGGCCGGUGGUGUUGCGGAGAAGCUCCGUCGAUGACACAACUGCACUCCUCGCCAUCGCAAUGGUCCGUGAAACCCGUGAAAGCGGCACGGGUCAGCCUCAUCAGAUAAUGUUUGGAGAUAGAACUUUCUCAAGUGAGCCGGAUAGAGUGGUAAUAGUUUAA